CUUUUUCUUCGCAUUGCUUUCGCCACCUUUUAGAAACUCUCAAGUUCACGAUCUGCAUUCUAAUCUCUUUCAAAUUCUGCGAAGAGUGUGGAAGAUGAAUCAGCGGAUUUUGCACUUUUGUUAGUUUAUGCUGGUCCGGACUAGAACAGGAGUUAGUUUUUCGAUAUCAGCUGUUACACUUUGGUUUUAUGCAAGGAAAUUGAAGCUCCUUGAAACAAGGAAGGCACAAAAAGCUCGGAGAGUUAAGUAUUCGGAGAUGGCCCCGCUGUUAUUUGCGUAACCUUUUAAUAAGAUCAGAGAGAAAAAUCCGGCAAUUUUAUGACGCGAUAACAUAGGUAUUUUGACCCAUGUAAAGUUAGCAUUUGACAGCUGAAAUGAGAUGCAAUGCAUGCUGGAGAGAAUUAGAGGGGCGUGCCAUUUCCACAACAUGUGGUCACCUUUUGUGUACAGAUGACGCUAAUAAGAUAUUAAGUAAUGAUGGAGUAUGCCCAAUCUGUGAUCAAGUGCUUUCAAAGAGUCUCAUGAAACCUGUAGAUAUCAGUCCUAAUGAUGAAUGGAUAAAUAUGGCCAUGGCGGGAGUAUCUCCACAGAUAUUGUUCAAGUCUUGUUACAGAAGUGUGAUGUUCUACAUGGGGCAAAAGGAAUUGGAGAUGCAGUAUAAAAUGAACAGGAUUGUAGCUCAGUGUCGGCAGAAAUGUGAGAUGAUGCAACAGAAAGCUGAGAUGAUGCAAGAAAAGUUUACAGAAAAGCUGGAACAGGUGCAUACGGCCUAUCAAAAGAUGGCCAAGAGAUGUCAGAUGAUGGAACAGGAAAUUGAGACCUUAUCCAAGGACAAGCAAGAACUCCAGGAAAAAUUUUCUGAAAAAUCCAGGCAGAAGAGAAAAUUAGAUGAAAUGUAUGAUCAAUUGAGGAGUGAGUAUGAGUCAGUGAAACGGUCUGCCAUACAGCCUGCAAGCAACUUCUAUUCCAGGAAUGAGACGGAUUUGUUCUCGAAUCCACCUAACAUAAUGGAUGAGAGAGAAACUGGCAGAAAAGGUUGGCCGGUGAUCACUCCUGAAACUCCAGGGCCAAGAGAGGACGUGUGGCCGGCAAGACAGAAUAGCAAUAACUCCGGUCACUUCGAUAUCUCCGUUGGUUCACCAGCAAAGCAAGCAGUUCUCGUUGGGGAUACAGGGAAUAGAAGGGGUGGAGGAGCUCAUCCUGUUUAUGGAGCUGGUCCAACUAGUAACCCGUCAAUGACUUUGAGGAACUUGAUACUGUCUCCAAUCAAACGGCCUCAGCUCUCUCGUAACCGCACCCAAUUAUUCACGCUGUAGGCUCAGAGGAGGCUAAUGUUGUACCAUCUUGGUCAAGCUAUCGGGUACUGCUUCAUCCCUUAGGUAGUAGUUUUAUAGUGUUCUAUAACAUUCUUAAAUUUUCUUACCUCGAAACGUUAAUAGUGAAGAGUAGCUAACAGAACGGAUACCAAAAUGUAGAUUAAUGUAUUACUUCUGUUUGCUGAAUGCUGAAAGGUGAAAAAUUAACGA